CCCCAUCGACGGCUUCUUCUGCUGGCAUCGAAGCUUUCCCACCUUCCCCACAAACCUUACAAUGAGCUACAAGAAUGCAGACCUUGAGCGAGUGUACAGCACCUGCAGAGCAAUCUUUAGCGGCGUUGAUGCCCAGUUGCGCAAAAAGAAGAAGGUCAAAGAGGUUUUGAUCAAGAACACGGUCGCUGUUCGAUCGCUGUUCUUCAGUUAUGGCGAGGAGAAGACCGCCCUCAUGGCGCAGCACCUGUUGGAAACCCGGGUAUUCGAGUCCGACCUCCGCGCCAAGGUCAUGUUUCCGAACCUGUUCCAGAGCACCCCGCAGCAGGACGCUGAGCGAGAGGCUUCUGAGGCCGAUGCAGUGAGGUCGGUUGCAAACGCUUUGGAAGAGAUGAGUCAGUCUGAAGGCGAGGGUGAUGAUGAGCUCGAUCAGAUUCCCGAAGUAUAUCCUGAGGAAGCAUGUUCCACUCCCCCAGCAGAAGAGGUUCCAGAAGAAGCGCCUCCUGCCGAUGAGCCUCAUGCCUCAAUUGAGGCUACAGCGCCGUCUCAAACUCCCGCAGAUAUCUGCGAUGUCGACUCGGGGAUCACCCUGACACAUCCACCACCGCACCCCGAUCUCCCCUCCUUGUAUCCCGCACGCCUCCCUUACAACACCCAACAUAACAUUCUCACCACCGUCCAGAGGAUUCUUGAGGACUGCUGCUUUGACUUUGCAACCAAAUGGAUACCGCACGUUCUUCGGGGCCAAGGCUGGGACUGUUCUUCGGCGGUCGAGUUGACGAAGUGGACCAGUGUCUUCAAUACAACUGGCCUGAAGUUGCCUGCGCACGCUACCACGCCGGCAGGCACCUCCAUUAAGGAAGUUCUUUUCCGCACACAUCAGCUAAGGCACACAGCCGUGCAUAGACUACCCACAACUGCCCGCGGAGUCAACCAGCACUUGCGGGCCGCACUGAGAGUGGUCGAGACUCUUCAAGACGUUUCCCGCGCGGCCCAGCUAGAAGACUUGGUGUCCGAUGUCGAUGAGAAAAUCAAGGCCAUGGUGCUUACGAAGAACGUUCUUGAGAACCGCACUCUAUUCAGUCUUGAUGACAUCCGCCGUCAACGCGAGGAACUCGAUCGGCAGGAGAAAGAACUGAUCGAGAGCAUGGUGAAAGAGGAUCGUGACCACAAAGCGCUCAUUGGUCGCCUGCUUGAAGCUGCCGUCGAUGACAUCUUCGAGAAGAAGUUGGCUAGGGGUCAGAUAUUGGAGGAAGCUGAGAAUGGUGCCGCAGAUGUCUAUUACGAAGCCAGUGAGGAAACUGUGAAUGGGGCUGCUGAGGAUUCCGACAUGAGCGAGGGCAAUAGAACCCCUGGAGAGGACCUGGACGGGAAAGAGAGCCCUCUCUUUUUGGUCGAGAAAAUUGGUUGUCUGACUUGGGUCAAGUCUUGAUGCCUAAGAGGUUUCCAAUCAUGGAUAGAUGAAAAGAACCAACAUAUUAUGGCUUCUAGUAGGAACUCGUGCAAUAUUCUCAAUCUUAGGCUGGCCAGGAUUUGGCUGUGUUAUUGUGCAGGCAAUCUGCCUCAGAACGAGAAUGCAAUACGAUGAUAGUGUUGAUUGUCCAUGUUGCGUCGCUUUGCCACCUCGGUCUGGCUUUCGUAUUGAAACUAAUGGGAACAACCAGGCUCAGUCUUUGAAGAUGUCAUUCGCGCCUUACGUGGGCGGUGGGUGGAUGCUGUUAG